UUUGGUAGAUCACUGGACAGCUUCAUUGUCUGCUGUUACGCUAAGAAAGCUGCAAAGGACUUGAUAUGUCAUUCUCCCAAAAACGAGUUCUCUAGCUGCGAGGAUAUGAUGAAGAACCCAAUCAUUAGAGUCUGCCUUUGGAUUCUUGGCAUUGUAGCGUUAGUCGGCAAUCUGUCAGUGAUUUUCUGGAGGCUCGUUUAUGGCGAAGAUAGCAAAGUUCAGUCCUUUCUUUUAAAAAAUUUGGCAGUCGCCGACUUCAUUAUGGGUGUGUACCUCAUUAUCAUAGCUGUACAGGACACUCGCUGGCAGGGAGAGUAUUUCGAGCAUGACGUGCGGUGGAGAGGUGGCAUGUUAUGUCAAGUGACGGGUGCCUUGUCCAUGCUCUCUAGUGAGGUAAUUUUUGUAAAUUUGCAGCUUUUAGUAUGAAUCCUUAUCCUCGCAAGUCAUUUUUUAGUCUUAUUUGAAAUGAAGAUUAUGUGAGGUGAAAUGACAGUUUACAAUAUGAAAUUUGAUAGGACAGAGUGAAAGUGAAAUAGGCUCUUAGAUAGUAGGAUGAGGUAUGACUGGUUGCGUCAUAAUUUCCCAAAGUUCUUUACCUUUAAAAAAGGGAAGAGUUUAAGCAUAAUUCUUUGCUCACGGCAAAAAAGUCGAGGGUUUCAAAAUAAACAUCACUUGAGAUCCUAAGAAUGAAAGGGACAAUAAAACGUAAGGAACAUAUACUUUGCACUGAAGCAUUUCGAAUCCCACCUCUGCGUUUUAGAUAUAUAUUUCGAGAGUUAUUGUAAGGUUAUUAUGGUCACAUCCGUCGAUAAGGACACUAUUAGAUCUCUGGAAAUGUCUUUGAUAAAGAGGAGCCAUUCUGAACGGCCUUGAGAUAUCACAGUCCAAUUAUCAGGAUCAUAAGUGUUUGGGUAGAGAUGAAAGUAGCUAAAAAGAGCAAAAAUAGGAGAAAAAUUACAAUUUUACCGCACGGUUUUUUUUUGUAAUUUGAUCCUUAGGCCAGCUUUAUUGUUUCAAGUUUUCGCAGAGUUAAUCAAAUCACCAAAAUUUCUCGUGCUAUUUUCCUCCUCAGGUCUCAGUUAUGCUUCUUACUGUCAUCACCGCUGACAGACUUAUCUGCAUCGUGUUCCAUUUUCGAGUUCAGCCUUUGAGCCUUAAGACUUGUUAUUUGAUUUGCUUAUUGGUCUGGUUACUGGGCUUCGUCAUAUCAUUUUUACCAAUGUCGGGUCUGAGUUAUUUCAAUGCUGUGGGGAACGGGAAUGGCUUCUACGGAAGAUCAACAGUGUGCCUGGCUCUUCAGUUGUCCAAUGACAGGCCGCCUGGCUGGGAGUAUUCUGUCAGCAUAUUCAUCGGCUUCAAUUUAGCAGCAUUUUUGUUCAUUUCGUUGUCUUAUGUGGCCAUUUUUUUGUCUGCUGUGAAAUCAUCGAGCGCGAUAAGAUCAACGAAUGUCAAACGGGAAUCAACCCUCGCCAAACGAGUCGCCUUUAUCAUUUUGACAGACUUCUGUUGCUGGAUGCCUGUGAUAAUUGUUGGUAUCUUAUCUUUGACCGGAAGUUUCAAUGAUCCCGAGAAGCAGGUAUAUGUGUGGAUGGCGGUAUUUGUACUUCCGUUUAAUUCCUCUGUGAAUCCUAUACUGUAUACACUUGCUACUCCUCAGAUGCGGGAUUGGUUCUGUAAAGAUUCUAAAAGUAAAGGUAAGUCAUUG